ACUAUUUAUUUUCAAAACUUAUUAUUGUAGGGGGGCUAAAGCCCAAGUCUUUCCUUAUCCGGUUUGAUUAUUUUAAUAUUUGGAUUUUUCAGCUAGUUCUGGGCACUACCCCUCGUGCUCAUAUAACAACUGGAGAUAAGUUCAAAAAUAAUGGGAGAGCUGUUUUUCCUGUAUUUGUUACAGCAGUUCCAGCCAAUGGUUUACAUGAUCCUGUGGCAAAUGCUGCCAUCUCUAGGCUGAGUCUUGCAGCGAGUUUGAUAACAACAGUUUGCAUAAAUUAAAUCUGUUGGUAUAGGGAUAACCCAUAUCAAGGAGUGACAAACAAAACCUGCUGGUUUAGGGGAGGAGAGUGGCAAUAUAAUUGUGGCAAAAGGUUUGGUUUAAUCCUAGCAUUUAGGAUGAGAGGGGAGCCUGUCAGCUGAUUUCCUUCUGAGUUUUGAUCCGUAUAAGCUUUCAACUUGUGGUUUAAACCCAGGUAGUAAGUAAUCCCCACGCAGCUGCUUACUCUCCCCCAUAGGAUGGCAUGGGGGAGAGAAUUGGAAGAGUAAGAUUGAGAAAACUCAUGCAUUGAGAUAAAGAAAGACAGUUUAACAGAUGAAGCAAAAGCUGCACACACAGGCAAAGCCAAACAAGGAAUCAAUUCAGUGCUUCCCACAGGCAGGCAGGUGUUCAGCCAUCUCCAGGAGAGCAGGGUUACUCAGGGAGACAAAUGCCAUCACCCCAAAAGUCCCCCUGCUUCUUCCUUCCUCCAGCUCCAUAUGUGAUCAUGAGCUCUGGUCAGAGGAGGGCAUAUAUCAUAUUAACAAGCUCUUGUUUGAGUUAUCAGACUGCAAUGAAAACUGUCCUUUGUUUAUAAAUGCCUUAUGUCACUAGUUUUGGGGUAACUUGCAUUUUGUUGUAAAAGCCUAUUUAUCAUAUACAAUGCUUUGGUAGUUAGAGUUCCUGCUGCCAGUUAAUCCUGGUUUCUUGCUGUCAGAGUCAGAAAAAAGAAAAUUGUGGCAGACAUGGUUUUCUCUACCAUGGUCCUAGGUAGCUCUGCUGGGACAGUGUCUCUGACUAAUGGAUCCCAAGAUAGCAUUCCUACAAUUAUUAAACCCUAGGUAGUCCCUUUGUUUAGGAACACUAGUGUGGCAAGCAUGGACUGUGAGUGUUGUUACCAUUUUGCCUUUAAAACCAGAGGUAUUUUCAAAUUCUGUGUGUACAUGAUUAUUGCUAAACUUUUUUUUUGUCACCAUCUCAACAGCUAUCUCCAUAUCUUUUCCUCUUUGCAUCUUCUGCCUGGAAGGAAGCAUGACACAGCACCAGGCUUGAUAGUGUGCAGCUGUGGCCUAGUAUUCGUUGAUACCUGUUCUUGUAACACCUUCCAGAGCAUAAAGGAAAAGGUUGUAGAAAUUAAUUAAUCUUUUUCUUAUCUACAAUAAAAACAUGUUUUCAACUUGAGCAUGGGACUGAUUAAAGUAGGCUUGCUGCCUCUACUAACUGCUUUUAUCCUGUUUUGGAUAGAGCUGUAAAAGUAUAAUACAAUCUUCUUUCAGUCCUAGCAGCCAUGAACAACCAACCCAUAUUCCCAAGGUACCUCUCUUGCAGCCCUGUCCCUCAGUUUUUGUUAGUGUGAUUUACUGCUGGGCAAUAGCUGUUAACUCUUGUUAAACCCUUACAUUUUUAGAGCAGUUGCACUGCAUCUUAGUCUGAUUUAUCUUUCCUGGUACAUAAGCUUCAGCUCCUGGUUUUUCAUUUCUAUUUUCCUGAUGUGAUCUUUGGAAUAAAAUUCCUGUGGCAAUAGCUGGGAAUGUGUGCCAUUUCUGGGAAAAGGGUGUGUUCCCUGGGUUCGGUUUGAUUGGAUGAAAUAGCCAAACACGUUGAUCUCGUUUAUUUACAAAGGUAAGGAUUUUGAGGGUGGGUUUUUGCCUCUAUCCGAUUGCAACACUGGGCUCUAGAUUAGGCACAGCUCUUCAGGCCAUCAUCACAUGGUAAAUGUGAGGCUGCUGCAUGCUGCAGCCCUUCUUGGUCAAGGAACAAUUUUUGGAGAGAAAUCAUGCCAAGGUACACGGUGCACAUCCGAGGAGAAUGGCUGGCAGUGCCGUGCCUAAGCUCCACAAACACCGUUGAGUGGCUGGGAAAGGAAGCUGUGAGACGGUACAUGAAAAACAAACCUGACAAUGGGGGAUUUACCUCAGCAGAAGAAGUAAAGUUUUACAUUCGAAGGUGCAAGGGACUCGGCUUGCUGGAUCUUGAUGAUACUGUGGGGGAUGCUCUAGAAGACAAUGAAUUUGUUGAAGUUGUUAUAGAAGGAGAUAUAAUGUCUCCAGAUUUCAUACCAUCUCAGCCAGAAGGAGUUCAUUUAUACAGUAAAUACCGAGAACCAGAACAGUAUAUUUCUUUAGAUGGCAACAGCUUAACAACGGAGGACUUGGUCAAUUUAGGAAAGGGACUCUACAAGAUAAAGCUUACACCUGAAGCUGAAAUUAAAGUCAAAAAAUCACGAGAAGUGAUUGAAAGGAUUGUAAAGGAACAGACAGUUGUUUAUGGAAUCACCACGGGUUUUGGAAAGUUUGCCAGGACUGUCAUCCCAAACAGUAAUCUGAGGGAGCUUCAAGUGAACUUGGUUCGUUCACAUUCUGCAGGUGUGGGUAAACCUUUGACCCCAGAGAGAACUCGCAUGCUGUUGGCACUGAGAAUCAAUGUCCUAGCCAAAGGAUACAGUGGAAUAUCCCUAGAAACCCUCGAGCAAGUUAUUGAAGUGUUUAAUGCAUCCUGCCUUCCUUAUAUCCCAGAGAAAGGGACAGUUGGAGCCAGCGGAGACUUGGCCCCUCUCUCUCAUCUUGCUCUGGGAUUAAUUGGAGAGGGAAAGAUGUGGUCGCCAAAGAGUGGCUGGGCUGAUGCUAAAUAUGUCCUGGAAGCCCAUGGACUAAAACCAAUUACCUUGAAACCAAAAGAGGGUCUGGCCCUCAUCAACGGGACACAAAUGAUCACCUCGCUGGGAUGUGAGGCAGUUGAAAGAGCCGAAGCUAUAGCAAGGCAAGCUGACAUCAUUGCUGCGCUUACACUGGAAGUCCUGAAGGGUACAACGAGGGCCUUUGACACUGAUAUCCAUGCAGUGCGCCCACAUCGAGGGCAGGCUGAAGUGGCCUUUCGGUUCAGGUCCCUUCUUGAUUCUGACCAUCAUCCAUCAGAAAUAGCAGAGAGCCAUAGAUUCUGUGACCGAGUCCAGGAUGCGUACACAAUGCGCUGCUGCCCUCAGGUCCAUGGAAUUGUAAAUGAUACAAUUGCUUUUGUGAAGGACAUAAUAACAACGGAAAUCAAUAGCGCCACGGACAACCCUAUGGUGUUUGCUGAAAGAGAAGAAACCAUUUCUGGAGGAAAUUUUCAUGGUGAAUAUCCUGCAAAGGCUCUGGACUAUUUAGCAAUUGGUGUGCAUGAACUCGCUGCAAUUAGUGAAAGAAGAAUUGAGAGGCUCUGCAACCCCUCGCUCAGUGAACUGCCUGCAUUUUUAGUCACUGAAGGAGGUCUGAACUCAGGAUUCAUGAUUGCACACUGCACAGCAGCUGCCCUGGUGUCUGAGAACAAAGCCUUGUGCCACCCCUCUUCUGUGGAUUCUCUCUCAACCAGUGCUGCUACAGAGGAUCACGUGUCUAUGGGAGGAUGGGCUGCAAGAAAAGCUUUGAGAGUUAUUGAACAUGUGGAACAAGUUCUAGCUAUUGAGCUGCUCGCUGCCUGCCAGGGCAUUGAAUUCCUCCGCCCUCUGAGAACGACAACCCCAUUGGAGAAGGUCUACGACCUUGUGCGCUCCGUGGUGAGGCCCUGGAUAAAGGAUCGCUUCAUGGCCCCAGACAUUGAAGCAGCUCACAGGCUGCUUGUGGAGCAGAAGGUGUGGGAAGUGGCUAAACCUUACAUUGAAAAGUACAGGAGGGAACACAUCCCUGAAUCAAGACCCAUUUCUCCUACAGCCUUCUCCCUGGGAUUGCUGAGAAUGAGUGCAGAUGAUAGUCAUGACCACAAGCAUCAGAAUGAACUUUAAGAGUUGUGAUCCCCUGGAAGAGAGCAGAUCCUUUCCAGAACCUUACCUGAGCAUGGCCCUUCUACUCAAACUCAAUGUGGUUUCUCCAGGUGACCUAGAGGACCUGACUGUCUAGCUCAGAAGCACAAAUAGAUAGUAAAGAGAAGUCUCACUGCUUUCCUCAUGUGUAAAAGACAAUUUUGUUAUGAUAGUAUGGUUUUGACUGAAUUUCAUGAACUUCUGAAUACAAAUCAUUCAGACUCCUGAUGAAAGCAGUAUUUGUUUUGUCAACAUUUUGUUUGUUUUCUCUCCAUGUGUGCCAAUGAUACCAAACAACCUAUGUUUGAUAUUCUUACCUUUUUUCUCCCCCUUUGGGUAACUGCUGUGAUCCUCUUAAUUUUGUAACAAGCAAGAUUAUCUGUACACUGUUCUCUGUUUUGCAGAUCAUAUGUGAGGUAUAGGCUCUUGUAUAACAAGAGCAAUUUUAGAGCAGGUGCUUCACAAAUCAGGAAAGCUGUGUGCAUAGGAAUGUGCUAUGGAGAUCAUUGCUCCAGAACAAAUAUAUUAUAUUCUGGUGAUGGAGUACAUUUAAUGCAGCUUUCCAAGAUCUGUGGGCUCACACCUGCAAUCAAUAAACUGAGUCUUCACAUAGGGUUGUAGCAAUUUAUUUUCCUGUCAUGUUUGUGAUGAUGAAAAUGUAAAGAGAAAGCUUCAUUUGGAAGUAAGCAGAACAGGUGACACAGAGCCCAGAAAAGGGAAAAGAGGAGGCAUAGGACUAGUGAAUGCAAACCAAUGCUGAGGUGAUAGCACCAUGACCUAUGCUCCCACGGCUCUCCAGGUCUCUCCAGGCCUGUCUGCCAGGGGCCCUGACCCCAUAGAUGGGAUCAUGACUGAGUGUGCUCUGUGUCCGACAACACUGACCUCCAGCACAGGCUUUAUUUUGCAAGGGAAGUGUCAGGGCAUGGAUUUCACCUCAUGGUGCAGUGAUGACAGGGCAGUACUGAUCUGGCAGAGGGGCAUUCAGAACAAGCUGAAAGCCCCCCCAGGCUAUUGGCUAUGCUGCAAGGCACAGCCAAAGCAUCAGUCUGGGGCUGCCUUUGAGUGUCUGACACCCGCCACAGUAAACUGUGCCCUGAGGAGAGUGCUCAUGCCUGCUGGCAGCCUAGCAAGUUGCCAAAUGCCUUUGGCAUUCAGCAAAGAGAUUCUGGGCCUUGCUUCCCACUCACCUCUGCUUUUGGCUGCCUGGGACCAAGGGAUCCUCAGCACACACUGCAGCACGGGGGACUCGGGUUUUGCACCAUGCCUGUGCAGAGCUGAGAGACACCACCCUGCCUGCACCCUGCAUUUAAGAAGUGUCUGUGAUCCUUCCCUGACAGCCUUCCCAAAUCCCUGUAUAAACAUUAUUUAUGAAGGCUGUCUUGAGCAGAACGGACUGUGCAAUCACAUACCUGGGAUGUUCUUUCAAGCUUUAUAAAAACUAAGUUCCACACCCACAUCUGGUAAAACAUCUGCUUGCAGGAAAACACGUCAGGUGGCAGGAAUGCUAUUACAUGUUUUAAAAACUGAUUUGGUUGGCUAGUCUGGAUCAAAUAAAGCAUGAAGAAAGAUAAUACAGAGGAUAACUUGCCGAUUUGGUAUGUUAACAGAUGUGCCCAAGGCUCAGGGAGAGCAAAAGGUCACAAUAAUGCUCAUACAUGUUUGUGAUGGCUUUCAAAUAGUUGCUAAUCAGAAUGAGACCAAUGUCCUUCCUCAAGGGUCUGGUUCAAUAAAGCACUCUGCUCUG